GGCUGCCGAUAUGUACGCUCUGGGCGGAAUGAUAGUCUGGAUUAUGCGUGACCAAAAAUGUCUAUUCCAAGAACCGGCGGCAGAGGAAGCGGUUUUAGCCUCUAUUGCUGGAUGCUGUCAAAGCGCAGAUCCUGCAGACCGCCCCGAGAUUGGACACGUUAAGCAGGCCCUCUGCAAAGUAUCCGGCAUCAACGAUAAACAUUUUAUGGAGAAUCUCGUCCGGCGAUUGGAAAAUUAUUCCCAAGUGUUAGAAAAUACCGUUACGCUCCGUACAAAUGCCUUGUGUCAGGAAAGGCAGCGGUGUGAUCUAAUUUUGUCAGAGCUAUUACCAAGGCAGGUUUUAGUGGAGUUAAGGAAAGGUCACCCAGCUCUACCAAAGUUCUUUGGUUUCGUCUCGCUGCUCUUUACCUAUGUUGACCGCUUUGACGAGUUCGUGAUGAGCAGCUCCAGCCAACUCACGGAUGUUAUACGGUUUUUGAUGGAAAUGGUUGCGGCGUUCGAUGUCAUUUUGUCGCGAUUCGAUUGCUACAAAGUGGAGGCGGUUGCAGACAGCUACUUGGUGGCCAGUGGUAUUCCGAAAGAAAACGACGGAGAGCACGUCUUCAUAAUCGGCAGAGUCGCCGAACGACUGUCGAAGGAAUUCAGCUUACUCAGUUUUCCAUCGUAUCUGAACCUUAAAAUCGGGAUUAAUUCAGGGCCGUGUGCGGCGGGAAUCAUCGGGAACGUUCGACCGCGAUAUUCCAUAUUUGGAGAAUCGGUUAACAUGGCCUCCAGACUGGGGACAACAAGCGAACCCGGGAAAAUUCAGAUUAGUUUGACAACGGCUGAGUAUUUGUGGCACGAUCCCACAUUUCAAGUGACUGAACGCGGAAGUGUUCAUCUAAAGGGUAUCGGAAUGCGAUGUACGUAUUGGUUAGAGGGGAUCAACGCAGAACAAAGAUGACCCUGGAUGUUCCUCUAAAUUACUGUGAUGGGUUUUAGUGGGGUUAAUAUUCUGUGUGUAAUUUUGAAAUGCACAAGCAGUCGAUGUACCGUUAGUGAACUGUUUCCACAAACCGGCAAAAAUUAAAUACGUUUGUAUUCGUUGACAAAGCAGUGCGCAUAUGCAUAUGCAUAUGCGGUAAAUUUUUUGUGUUAUUGUAAAUUGUAUUGUAUCAGAGAAGA